GCAGUGUCCCGCGAAAUUGCCUUUUGUUCUUUUGUUCUUUGUUCUGUUCAUCUUCCUCCGACGCCACUGUUGACUGCCCAUGCCUUGAACCAUGAAGAGGUUGGUCUUGCCUCUGAAGAUUGAUGCGAUUUGUCCGGAAGAAAGGUGAAGGAUGAAUAGGCCAUAUUUCUUUCGAUGACAAAGUCUUCAGAAGGAGGGCUUCCCCAUUUUUCGUCUUGACAUAAACUGAACAAAUCGAGCAGCAGAAACUACGUUGAUGGACGUGAUCGACGACAAACUCAGAAGGAUUUAUGAUGGCGAGGCGUCAAAUCGAGAAGAUUAUUUAGCCACAGAGAUUCCUGCCAUACCAUUGGAUGGCCAAGAAGGGGCACCUGCGAUGAUACAGAGGGUCCUGAGCUAUUUACAAGAUGGAACUAUUACCAUGAUUGGCAUCUAUGGAAUGGGAGGAGUGGGCAAGACCACCCUCGUGAAGCAUGUCUUCAACCAAGUUGGUGGGUUCGAUUACAUGUGGUUCAUCACUGUUUCCAAAGAGCCCAACUAUCAAAGGAUUCAGUCCAGCAUUGCUAGAGAUUUGGGUAUCUCUGAAUAUGAAUGCUAUGGAACAGAGGAAAGGGCAGACCAAGUGUUCCAAAGAUUAAAGGAGAGGAAGUACCUAUUAAUCCUAGACGAUGUUUGGGCUGGUUUUGAACUGCAUGAGUUGGGAAUUCCAAAUCCCUCUAGAGAUAAUUUAUCCAAAGUUGUGAUGGCAAGCAGAUUUCUCCAUGUGUGCGAUACCAUGGAGGCGGACAUAAGUCUAAAGGUUGAAGUUAUGUUCGAGGACGACGCCUGGAAGUUAUUUGUUGAGGAGGCAGGAAGUGUGGUGCUGCAGCCAAGCAUAGAAGAAACUGCAAGAGAGGUCUUGAGAGAGUGUGGGGGCCUACCACUGGCCAUCAGAACAGUUGGAAAAGCCAUGAGAGACAAGGGCGACGUUGGUCUGUGGCGGAGCGCCUUGAGAACACUGCAGGAAUCUUCUGGCGAGAUUGCUGGUAUGAAAUCCGAAGUUUUGGAGAGCUUAAAACUUAGUUUUGAUCACUUGGACGAUGCUACCAAAAAUUGUUUCUUGUAUUUAUCUUUGUUUCCUGAGAACGAGAUCAUUUUUACAUACUUCUUGAGCGUGAAUUGGUAUCUGGAAGGUCUGAUAGCCGAUGUAGGUGAUUUCAAUGAAGUUGAGAACAAGGGUGUUGCUGUCAUGAGCAAUCUUAAAGAUGCAUGCUUGUUGGAAAGUGGUAAUUAUGCUCGAAAUGUUAGGAUGCAUUGUGUCGUCAGAGACAUGGCUUUGUGGAUUGCAUCAUCAAGAGAUGAGCCUAUGUUUUUGACGAGAACAGGUCCUGGAGUACAUGAGCCGCCAGAAGAAGAAGAAUGGGAGAAAGCCAAGAGAAUAUCACUCAUGAGAACUUCUAUAGACAGGCUCCCAGAAAAGCCAAUUUGUCCCCAUCUGCUAAUUUUGAUGCUAGAAGGAAAUCAGAGGCUUACACGGAUCCCAAGUGAUUUCUUUCAAUCCAUGGAUGCAUUGCAGAUACUUAAUCUCAAUAGGACAGGAAUUGCUUCAUUGCCAUCUUCCGUGUCUUCGUUGAAAAAUCUUCGUGCACUCUAUUUCUACGCUUGCAAAAUGUUGGAGGAUGUAGAGGUGGUUGGACAUCUUUACAAUCUUCAAGUGCUGGAUCUGUAUUUGACUGCUGUUAAAGAGCUACCUGAAAGUUUUUUGAAUUUGCAGAACCUGAAGAUACUAAGGUUGGGAUUCACACUCAAUCUCAAGAAAAUUCCACCUAACCUGUUUGCUUGUUUGCCAAACUUAGAGGUACUGAACAUGUAUAGAAGCUAUGGAUACUGGCAAACAAGAUCCGAUGGUAAAAGGACAGACGAGUUUCUGUAUAGGCUAAACUUGCUGGACUUGGCGAACUUAGCACAUCUCGAUGCUCUAGACAUCACCAUCGAUAACAGCGGCGAAAGCCUUGAAUGGCUUCUAAACAGUAGUUUGGUAGAUCGUCUUGAAGGAUUCGCCAUAGAGAGUUGUGCAAACUUCAAGGGAAUCAGUUUAUUUCAGGCAUGCAAGUUAACAAGGUUGCGUGCACUUUCAAUGCUCUCAUGCCCAGAAUUAGAGGAAAUUUUAAAUGGAAUCGAUGCUAAGGAGGUCAUAUUUCCAGACCUGCGCUUGCUUCAGCUGGAGGCGCUACCAAAACUAGAGCGCAUUUGCAUAGGAACUGAAGGCCGUAUAAACUUCCAAAAACUAGAAAAGUUGACAGUUAAAGGUUGCAAUAGGUUGAAAAGCUUAUUUUCUUGUGCAUCACUGAAACAGUUGCAGAAUCUAAACUACGUUGAGGUAUCUGACUGUAGUGAAAUGAAGGUCAUAAUUGAAGGCCAUGUUAGGGAGGAGGCAGUUCUCCCUAAAUUAACAGGCUUCAGUCUGUGUAACUUGCCAAAAUUGUCCAUCAUAUAUGAUGGUACCUCAGCAUUGCAUUCUCUGGAAUUCGUUGAUGUAAGCAAAUGUCCAAUGCUAGAGAAGCUCCCUUUGGAUCCCAAGCAAUCUAGGAGAUUGAAAAGUAUAAGGGGAGAGAAGGACUGGUUGGAUAGACUGAAGUGGGAAGACCCAAGUGUCAUGGCUGCCUUCCAAUCCUCCUUUGAUUAUGAUGAUUGAAGAAAUCGAGUGAUAAACGAGGCAGACAAUGAUGAUUCUGUAUUCUGUCACCUGCUGCAUUUCGUUAGUAUCCUGCUAGGGUCCAUGCAUCUUCUCUACGUGUGUAAUUCUAUUAAUGUGUAUGCUUGUAACAAAAAAGUUCAUAAUGUUAAUCUGAGUGGUCGUGAAUGAAAUUUAGUGCUUUGUAUUACCUUAA